AACACAUUUAAAUCUCAGCUGACCGCACAACGUGACUCGGAAGUUUAUCAUAUGACUGCGCGUUGGCGGUUUCUUUAGGAGGCGGAAGAUGGCGGAGCGAGAGGAAAGCAGGGGUCUGCUGGGGGGAGAAGAUGAUUCUGAACCUUCUCCUUCAAGUAGCAAAUAUGGCAGUAGUUCAGAGAAACAGCUGUUGGCGUGCUGUGACCCCAGCAGGCUGCUGCAUAGAAUUGUCGUGUUGGUAUUCAUGUGUUUUUUAGGGUUCGGCAGCUACUUCUGCUAUGACAAUCCAGCAGCUCUGCAGACUCAGAUAGUGCAGGAUAUGGAUCUGAAUACGUCCAUGUUCAUGCAGUUGUAUGCAUGGUAUUCCUGGCCAAAUGUUGUGCUUUGCUUCCUCGGAGGGUUCUUGCUGGAUCGUGUUUUUGGUAUACGUUUGGGAACAAUCAUUUUCAGCCUGUUCGUCUGUGUUGGACAGGUAAUAUUUGCUGCUGGUGCUUUUUUUGAUGCCUUUUGGUUGAUGGAACUUGGGCGAUUUGUGUUUGGGAUAGGUGGGGAAUCCCUUGCUGUUGCACAAAACACAUAUGCUGUCAGUUGGUUUAAAGGGAAAGAACUGAACCUGGUGUUCGGUCUUCAGCUUAGUAUGGCCAGACUGGGCAGCACAGUAAACAUGAAUAUCAUGGGGUGGAUCUACUCCAGUGUAAAAGGCUUGGUAGGCUCUCCAGGCCACACAACACUUGGCAUAACUCUGCUGAUUGGUUGUGCAACAUGUAUUUUUUCUUUAAUCUGUGCGUUGGUACUUGGAUACCUAGACAAAAGAGCAGAGAAGAUCCUAAACAAAGAACAGGGAGAGACUGGUGAAGUGAUAAAGCUGACCGAUGUGAAGGAUUUCUCAAUAUCCCUCUGGCUGAUCUUCAUUAUCUGUGUUUGCUAUUAUGUGGCGGUUUUUCCAUUCAUUGGACUUGGACAGGUUUUCUUCAUUGAAAAGUUCAGCUUUUCUCCAGAACAAGCCAGAGCAAUUAACAGCGUUGUGUAUAUUAUCUCGGCUCCAGCAUCGCCUGUUCUGGGGUUCAUGGUGGAUAGAAUUGGGAAGAAUAUCGUCUGGGUUAUGUGUGCGGUUGUAACCACUCUUACAGCCCACAUGAUGUUGGCAUUUACCUUUUGGAACCCUUGGAUUGCAAUGAGCUUACUUGGAAUUUCCUACUCCUUGCUUGCUUGUGCACUUUGGCCAAUGGUGGCUUUUGUAGUUCCAGAACAUCAGCUGGGAACUGCCUAUGGCUUCAUGCAGUCAAUACAGAAUUUGGGUCUUGCACUGAUUUCUAUAGCUGCUGGUUACAUAUUGGACAAUCAUGGUUACUUAUUCCUUGAGGUCUUCUUCAGUGCAUGUUUGUGCUUGGCGUUGAUAGCUGUGGUUAUGCUGUAUUUUGUGGAUCUUCUGAGAGGAGGGGACCUUAAUUUGUCAGCCAAGAAGAGAGGACAACUUCAACAGAUUUCAGAUACAGAGUAA